UUUUCGAAGGUCAAGGAAUUAGUCGAGAAGAAAGAUCCUGACAACGUUAUUGUUGAUGUCAGAGAGCCAGAAGAGUACGCCAAGGGCCACAUUCCUGGUGCCGUUAAUAUUCCAGUCAAUUCGAGUCCCGGUGCGCUAGGCCUUUCUCCAGACGAGUUUGAGCAGACUUUUGGAUUUCCAAAGCCGGAUCCAUCCAAGACCCUGCUUUUCUACUGUCUGGCGGGUGUGAGAUCGAGCAUGGCCGAGGAACUUGCUAGCACUUUUGGUUACGGCAAAAGACUGAACUACGUUGGCUCCUUUUCUGACUGGACGGAGAAAAACGGU